ACCUCACUCCAAAACCUUCGAUCUAUCUCCAAAACCUUCAAACCCUAACGGAUCGGAAUCGCCAUGGGAUCUGAUAAGAAGAUUAAGAUCGGAAUCAACGGAUUUGGAAGAAUCGGUCGUUUGGUAGCUAGAGUUGCUCUUCAGAGAGAUGAUGUUGAGCUUGUUGCUGUUAACGAUCCUUUCAUCACCACUGAUUACAUGACAUACAUGUUCAAAUAUGACACUGUUCAUGGACAAUGGAAGCAUCAUGAGCUUAAGGUCAAGGAUGAGAAGACUCUUCUCUUUGGUGAGAAGCCUGUCACUGUUUUUGGCAUCAGGAACCCAGAAGAUAUACCAUGGGGUGAAGCUGGGGCUGACUUUGUCGUGGAGUCCACUGGAGUCUUCACCGACAAGGACAAGGCUGCUGCCCAUUUGAAGGGUGGUGCAAAGAAGGUCGUCAUCUCUGCUCCUAGCAAGGAUGCUCCCAUGUUUGUGGUCGGUGUCAAUGAACACGAAUACAAACCUGAGCUCGACAUUGUUUCAAACGCUAGCUGCACAACCAACUGCCUUGCUCCCUUGGCCAAGGUCAUCAACGAUAGGUUUGGCAUUGUUGAGGGUCUUAUGACAACAGUGCAUGCUAUGACUGCCACCCAAAAGACCGUUGAUGGUCCAUCGAUGAAGGACUGGAGAGGUGGAAGAGCUGCUUCUUUCAAUAUCAUUCCCAGCAGUACUGGAGCUGCUAAGGCUGUUGGUAAAGUGUUGCCGGCCCUUAAUGGCAAAUUGACGGGAAUGGCCUUCCGUGUUCCAACCGUUGAUGUUUCUGUUGUGGACUUAACCGUUAGGCUUGAGAAAAAGGCUACCUACGAGCAGAUCAAGGCUGCUAUUAAGGAGGAAUCAGAAGGCAAGCUGAAGGGUAUUUUGGGAUACGUUGAAGAGGAUCUUGUUUCCACAGAUUUUGUUGGUGACAACAGGUCAAGCAUCUUUGAUGCCAAGGCCGGAAUUGCUUUGAACGAUAACUUCGUGAAACUCGUCUCCUGGUACGACAACGAGUGGGGAUACAGUUCUCGAGUUAUCGACUUGAUUUGCCACAUUGCCUCCGUCAAGGCCUAAAUUUACCGUGAGUUUGUUCCUUUGAUUUUGUUUUUAUCUCGAGAUUUUUUCGAACAAUAAUCUCAUUCGGUUCAUCAAAACUUUGCAUUCAUUUGGAUUCACUUUGCAAUAUUAUUUUGACGUUCCAAUCU